AUGAAAUCCUCUUUCAAGACUUUGAUUGUGCUGCUGUUGUGCACAAUUGCCAUGUUGUGCAUGUACACCUCUUUGGUGCAAGCAGAACAUGACAGUGCAGAAGAAACUGCCAUCAACACUCUAUUCUUUGUGACCUUCAUCAAGAACAAGAAGGGAAAGAAAAAGAAGGGAAAGAGUGUUGUGGCCGCUGCAACUACAUUGUACGGAUUCAACCAACCUAUGAUCGAUUUGUUGAAAAAACUUAGAAAGAAACAUAAGAAGAGAAAAAAGGGUAAGGCUUUAGCUAUCAUGAACAAGUUGGUCAAGAAGGAUCCAUUGUUGAAGAAGGGACGAUUGGUAGCUUCCAAGAUUGUGAAAUGUGUUCGUUCCAUCAAAUUGAAAAACAAGACCUGUAAAAGAGCAAGCAAGAAGAAGAAGCAUUUUGGAAAGUGUAAAAAACAAAUAGCUAAAUUGAGAAAGCAAUUGCAAAAAGCUAAAAAGGUAUUGAAAAAGAUUGCAAGAAAGGUCAAGAAGAGCGCCAAGAAGAAGAAUUCUCCUUACCGUAAACUGUUGAAGAAUUUAAUGAAAUUACAAUGUAAUUCCAAAUAA